CAAACUGUGGCGAUGGGCGUGGGAGAGCUCAGCUGCAGGGGAGAGAGGUGUGGAGGGGAGCAUGGAAGCAGCGUCAAGGUAAUUGGCACAGGUGAUGGUAAUUGGCUGACCUAAUUAUCCCUGCAGUAGCAGCCGGAGCGGAGGAUAAAAGCCGGGCGGACAGAGAGACAAAGGAGGCUGCAUAGACUGAGGAGCAGCGGAAAGGCUGCAUAGACUGAGGAGCAGCGGAGAGGCUGCAUAGACUGAGGAGCAGCGGAGAGGCUGCAUAGACUGAGGAGCAGCGGAGAGGCAGCGGAGGCUGCAUAGACUGAGGAGCAGCGGAGAGGCAGCGGAGGCUGCAUAGACUGUGGGACAGCGGAGACAGCGGGAACUGAGAGGCAGCGGAGGCUGCGUACCGGGCUGCGGAGAACUUUAAGUAGCAAAGUAAUAAACAAUAUUCCCUCCACAACCAGGGCGUGUGUGUAUUGAGUGGACCCACGGACAGCGAACCUGUCACAUUGGCACCCAACCGGCACUCGAUACGCUUUGAUGUCUUCACCUCCGGCGGAGCCGGUGCAGCCGGCCGCUGCAUUGGUCCAGCUGCUGCAGGGCCUGACAGCGAUGUGUGCGGAGCAGGCGGCUCUGCACCGACUUCACUGUGACGCUUUCCGCCAGCGGGUGGAGAGACAAUCCCGCGUCCUCGAACGGCUGUUGUCCCGGGCGGGAGGACGGUCUGCCUCCCCCUCCUCCUCCGUCUCCAGGCUGACCUUACAGAAGAUGAUGGUGGCGGAUGACCCACAGUCGUUUUUGGACAUGUUUCAGGCCACGGCGGCGGCGUGCGGAUGGCCGCAGGCGGAGUGGGCGGUGCGGCUGCUUCCCCUACUGACGGGGGAGGCUCAGACGGCAGCGGUCAGCCUGCCAGCGGCCGCCCGGAGGAACUUCGCGGAUGUCAGGAAGGCGGUGUUGGACAGGACGGGCCUCUCGCCUGAGGACCAUCGGCGCCGUUUCCGAGGCGCUCGGCUGGGGACGGGUGAGCGCCCGUUUGUAUUUGCCCAGCAGGUAAAGGAUGCGGCAACCAGGUGGCUGCUGCCGGGAGAGACUGCGGGGGAGAUUCGGCUGGUGGAGAAGAUGGUGGUGGAACAGUUCAUCAAGGGGCUGCCAGGGGAGACGAGUAACUGGGUGAGGUGUCAUCGCCCGGCGGAUCUGGGGGCAGCAGUGAUGCUGGCCGAGGAUCAUCUGGCGGUCCAGUCGGGGGGCCAAGGACGGGCACCUCCAGUGACGCGACCGACACCAGCGCCACGCAGGAAAACCCUGGCCCCGCCGACGAUGGCGUCACGUUUUCCGACGCCUCCAGCUCCGGCGCCCCGUACUAACCUCUCCUUUGCUUCCCCUCCCCACCAGGCUCCGGCUGCCGCAGACGCUGCUUCCAACCCACAGAGGGCUCCUCAAACGUCAGGACAGGAGUGCUGGAGGUGCGGGCGGCCUGGCCACACCCGCCGAGAAUGCCCCCGCACGGAGGUCGGCCAGGUGGUCCGGGUUGCCGGCACGCCAGCACCCUCUCCCGGUCCAGACUGAUGCGUCGAACAGAGGGCUGGGGGCUGUUUUGUCCCAGCAGGUGCGGGGCGUCGACCGCCCUGUAGUUUACAUCAGCCGCAAGUUGUCUGAGAGGGAGGCUCGCUACAGCACGGUGGAGAAAGAGUGCCUGGCAAUCAGGUGGGCGGUCGGGGCCCUGCGCUACUACCUCCUGGGACGCCCAUUCACCCUCUGUUCGGACCACGCCCCUCUCCAAUGGCUCCAUCGCAUGAAGGAUACCAACGCCCGAAUCACACGGUGGUAUCUGGCUCUACAGCCUUUUAAGUUCACAGUGAUUCAUAGGCCGGGGGCGCAGAUGGCCGUGGCCGACUUCCUCUCCCGCUCCUUGGAGCCGGUGGGGGGAGUUGGUUAGGCCGGAUGGCUCCCCGGCCUAAGUCGGGCGGUGGGGAUAUGUGGCGAUGGGCGUGGGAGAGCUCAGCUGCAGGGGAGAGAGGUGUGGAGGGGAGCAUGGAAGCAGCGUCAAGGUAAUUGGCACAGGUGAUGGUAAUUGGCUGACCUAAUUAUCCCUGCAGUAGCAGCCGGAGCGGAGGAUAAAAGCCGGGCGGACAGAGAGACAAAGGAGGCUGCAUAGACUGAGGAGCAGCGGAAAGGCUGCAUAGACUGAGGAGCAGCGGAGAGGCUGCAUAGACUGAGGAGCAGCGGAGAGGCAGCGGAGGCUGCAUAGACUGAGGAGCAGCGGAGAGGCAGCGGAGGCUGCAUAGACUGUGGGACAGCGGAGACAGCGGGAACUGAGAGGCAGCGGAGGCUGCGUACCGGGCUGCGGAGAACUUUAAGUAGCAAAGUAAUAAACAAUAUUCCCUCCACAACCAGGGCGUGUGUGUAUUGAGUGGACCCACGGACAGCGAACCUGUCACACAAACAAACAAACAAAAAAGUCGGAUUAAUUUUUUGGCCACGAAAAGUUGAAUUUGGCUCCUAAAAAUGUCUAAAUUGACGUAUGUUGGUGGCCCAUAAAAUGUCAUUUGGGCGACCGGACCUCUCGGCCUUAAAUCGAGCGCUGCAGGGUGGGGAAGCAAAAAUGUCCUGUCAGGUAAAAACAACUAUAAAUGAGUAUAACUUUUUUAUUCUUUGGAAUUUUGAACUGAUUUCUUGAAGAACACAAAUUUAAAGCUUUCAGAACAUGUUUAUUCAAUAUGUCCUCCAUGUGUGUCCAGAACACAAUAAUACACAGAACAAUCCCUAAAAUGCUGCAAUUUCUCAUGUAAAUUAAGCAGGGUUAUUGCACAGGAAACAAAGGUGUUGUUGGACCCAUUCCAGUUAAACCAUGGUACUCUACAUUUCCUGAGGGAAUAGUUUCAGACUGAGAGUGAAGGGGUGGUCAGUGCUCUCCAAUGUAGAGCUGGCCUUGUAGAAAUCCUGCUGGUCAUAGACAGCUGACUAUGGAACACUUAUCACCUUACCAGCUGCUGUCGUAAUACGGCUGAAGUUUCUGUUUGUAUUUUCAGGUUACCAUACUAAUCAGUCACAGAAAAAUUCAGAAUAUAUAAAUGACUUAAAAAGCAAGUCAUGAAUUUCCAGUCUACCCGUUAAGCUUCAGUGUCCCGUCCGCGGGACGCUUUGAGAUCUGCAUAAGCAUUUUCUUAAAUGUCUGAAGCU